AUGAACUGGCUGAAAUCAACCCUCUCUGCGGCCGUAGGAACGCAAGAGCCUGAGUAUGGUCCCGAUGCCAUCCAGUCCGUCGCCCAGCAGACUGCUGAGACCCCCUUUACCAUUCUCACCAAAGAUCACUUGAAGUGGAAGGCACUCCAGUAUACCAAUGUCGAAACCCAGACCUUCUACGUUAUGGCCAACAGCGGGGAGGUGGUCAUGGCCCAGGUGAUCUACAGCAACAUCGCUGGCAUCCAUACCACCGCCCACCUCAAUACGAAGAUCUUCAACCUCAAGGGUGGCCCGCACAUCUGGCACUCGGACCCACUGUCUAACUUUAUGUUUGACGAGAAGAUGCUCUCCUUCGGCGCUGAUAAUAUGACCAUCACCCUGAACGAGGAGGGUGACUCAUACCACAUCAAAUCCACUGUCAACCCUGACAGCAUCGUUGAUCUGAAGUUCACCCGCACAGCCCCGGGUUUCGCCGUUGGCAAGAAUGGCACUUCCAACUUCGGAACUGACCCCGCUAAGCCCUGGGGCUCCAUGAGCCACGCUUUCUGGGCUCGUUGUUCCGUCGAGGGUAGCAUCACCACCAAGGAAAAGAGCUACGAUCUGGCUGGUCGCGGAGUCUUCAUUCCGGCUCUCCAGGGAAUGAAGCCGCAUCACGCCGCUGCCCGCUGGAACUUCCUCAACUUCCAGACCCCCACCUACUCUGCCAUUAUGAUGGAAUUCACCACUCCUCCUUCCUACGGCUCCACCACCGUCAACGUCGGCGGUAUUCUCAAGGAUGGCGAGAUCAUCUACGCCGGUAGCACUAACACAGCCACUCACACUGCUUCCGCCACCGACCCAGAGAGCGAAUGGCCUGAGCCGACAUCCAUCAAGUGGGAGUGGACUGGCAAGACAUCCGAUGGCCAGGAAGUCACAGCCGUAGUGGACGGACCCCUUGGCAAGCGCCUAGAUCGCGUUGAUGUGAUGGGCGAAGUUCCCGGAUUCAUCAAGGCCAUCGCCGGCAGUGUCGCCGGUACCAGACCAUACAUCUUCCAGUUCGCACCGACAGAGAAGCUGUCGCUGAAGCUGAAGAUCGGCGACAUUGAGGUUGUCGAGGAGGGAACUCUGUACUGCGAGUCUACUUUCAUCUCCUAG